ACAGAAGUUCCCAGUUUCAGUUUUUCAUAUUUGGCAAAUCGUAAUUCGUAACCCUCUCUAACACUGUGGCUGAUCCCGCAUCAUUGGAUCCUGUUAUCUCCUUCUCUGCCGUCCGAUCACCGCACACGUGCCGCAACAACCUCGAUUAUCUCAUUCCCCCGCCUCAAAGCGUUACAUGUUUACCAUACGACCAGUCUCCCCUGCCCGCAUCUAAGCUCUAGGGUUUCUUAUGCUUCCGCCACUCUCCUAAUCCUGAAUCGAUUUCGCAUCGUCGGUCUGUAUAGUGGUGAAAUAAAGAGAUGGAGAAGGAGCUGAUUGAGCUGUUUGAUGCGGUAAAGCGAGCGGCUGAUGCGGCCGCAGUUGACGGCGGUGCUGAUUCGUCACCGGAGGAGAGUAGGUGCCUUGACGCUUUGAAACGGCUCAAGAAAUUUCCUGUCAAUUAUCAAGUCCUCGUCUCCUCACAGGUGGGCAAACGUCUCCGGCUAUUGACAAAACAUCCAAGGGAGAAGAUCCAGGCAUUGGCUUCUGAUGUAGUUAAGAACUGGAAGACCAUAAUUGUGAGAGAAACAAUGAAAAAUAAGAAUGGCAAUGGAGUAAACGGGGAAUCUGUAAAAUCUGAAUGUGCUGGAGCUGAUGGUGAUGAAGCCAAUAAAUUUCAGAGUGUGAACUCGGUGAAGGUUGAAAAGGUGUCGAGGGGUGAGAAUGUGAAGGUUGAGAAGUCAAGCAGGUCUGGGAUUUCAAAAUCUGAGAGAGCAGCAAAGUCAGAAAGUUCCUUUACCGAGAUACAGUCUGAGAAUGUCACUGUCUUGAAGACUGAGAGUACUACUUCCAAAAGCGUAAAGAUUGAGAAGACACCCAAGGAUGAGAAAUUGAGCUCUAACGCGGCAACUGCUGCCCCACCAAAGUUGUCUGCUCUCAUUUACUGUAAGGAUUCUGUGAGAGACAAAGUUCGGGAGCUCCUUGCUGAGGCUCUUUGCAAAGUCUCAGGUGAAGUUGAUGGCAAUUUGAGGGAUGCUGUGAAUGCAUGUGAUCCUUAUAGAGUUGCAGUUCAGGUGGAAACUGCAAUGUUUGACAAGUGGGGUAGAUCUAAUGGAGCCCAGAAGUUCAAGUAUAGAUCUAUAAUGUUUAACAUUAAGGAUCCAAACAACCCAGAUUUUCGGAGAAAAGUCCUUCUAGGACAGUACCCACCUCGUAGUAUUAUCGAAUUGAGCCCAGAAGAUAUGGCAAGUGAUGAAAGGCAACAGGAGAAUCAGAAGAUAAAAGAAAAAGCAUUAUUUAAUAGCCAACUUGGAGGUCCUCCAGUGGCCAGUACUGAUAAGUUCAAGUGCGGUAGGUGUGGGAAAAAUCAGACCACUUACUACCAGAUGCAAACUCGGAGUGCUGAUGAACCAAUGACCACAUAUGUGACGUGUGUAAACUGCGAUAAUCGCUGGAAGUUCUGUUAAACUUGAUCCUUUCUCAACUAUGAUGUAGUUUCUAGGUAAUUUUUUAAUUGUCUUCUUUGAGGCGGUCUCCGAUAUGCAUGGAACGAUCGCCCAUGCUAUUUUAUUGUAUGGGAUAUUAUGACAUCUGAACUGUGUGUUUUUCUUUUCUGAGUUAGCCCUGUAGCCCAAUUUUGUUACAAGUAGUUAUUUGUCUAUUUGUGAUUAAACUCUCAGCUCUAUGCUUGAUCUAAAAGUUUUACUGUGGAGGUGCACUAAAGUUGAAUGCCUA